AUGUCCACCAACGACGUUUACCUCGCGCUCUUGCGGCCCGCGGUGCUUGACAUCCUGCGCGCCGCUGGCUUCAACGGCGCAAAGCCCACGGUCGUCGACACGGUCGUCGAUCUCACAGCGCGCUACCUCACACUCCUCGCGUCGCGCACAGCCUACUAUGUGUUUUCGAACCACAACGAUCUGGAACCCGAUGUCACCGACGUGCGCAUGGCCAUGCAGGACUGCGGUCUACUUGUCCCGACCCUAACCACAGCCGAAGAAGUAUGGAAAGAGAUACUGCGCAAACCCCUCGAAGAAUAUGAAGACAAUGGCGCGCGCGGGGAGGAGGAGAGGAGGCGUGAUAGGCAAGACACAGCUGAUAUCACGGCUUUCAUCGACUGGGUGCAAGGGAAGCAGAACGAGGAGAUCAUGAGGAUCGCAGGCACAAUGAAGCAAAAGGACGCACCUGGCACAGCGCUCACUGCCCAAGAAGAGCGAGACAAGGAGGAGAUGGAAGACUACCUCACCACGCUCAUGAAGAAGCACAGUAAGACUGGCGUCGACUCAAGAUAUCAAGGCACCAUUGUCGGCAAACCAGCUGAGCUCCGCCCGGUUAAGAUCGAGGGGGGUGCAGAAGAAUCUAUCGAAGAGUGGUGUCGCAAAGCUCGGGAGAGAGCAACUAAAGCCACGGUUACGCCUCGCGAAAACCUCGAGAUGGCAGAUGUGUCCGAUGUGGUGGGUUCAAGGGAAGGCUCGCAGGACAUCGCCAUGGAGCUAUAG